ACUUGCAGAAGAUAGAACUAAAGAAGGAUAUGAUAAACUUCUGUAUAUUUAGAAUGAAACCUUGCACGACACCUUCCGUUAGAUCGAUGAGCUUUGACUUCUACGUUUACGUUUGCGAUUUUAUCAUUCACAAAAAGAAGAAUAUGCUUUACACUUAUCCUCUCUUUCUUGUUUCUAUAUUCUUGAUGAGUCUAAGCAAUUGGCACCAAUAUACUGCAUUUGUAUAUAACCCAUGACUCCAAGUUUCCUCUGUUUUUAACAACAACAACCAAAAAGGUAUCCUUUGUUGACAUAUCUGUAUAUCAAUCUUCCUGUGUAUGUUCAGCUAUCCGAAAUAUGGGAAACUGCCUUUCAAUCUCGGAUCCUUCUCUUGAAGAUGUAUCAAAGAAGACUCUCAAAGCACUUCCCGUCGAAACUGUCUUCAAGUUUCCCUCACCAUUGCCUACUUUUACUCAAGGUGAUGGUUUUGCGAAACAAACCAUUGACUUGGGAGGUGGUCUCGAAGUUAGUCAAGUUUCGACAUUCAACAAAGUUUGGUCCACUUAUGAAGGAGGACCAGACAAUCUCGGAGCCACAUUCUUUGAACCAUCCUCGAUCCCUUCCGGUUUCUCCAUCCUCGGUUACUAUGCUCAACCAAACAACCGUCAACUUUUCGGUUGGGUACUUACAGCUAGAGAUCUCUCAAGCAAUACCUUAAAACCGCCACUAGAUUACACCCUCAUAGGAAACACCGAGUCACUCAAGAUCAAACAAGACGGACCUAGUUAUUUCUGGCAACCCGUUCCACCUGAUGGAUAUCAAGUUGUUGGUCUAAUAGUCACAAACUCCUCACAAAAGCCACCUCUAGAGAAACUACGCUGCGUUCGAUCCGAUCUAACCGAACAAUGUGAAGCUGAUACAUGGAUAUGGGGAACAAACGGAGUCAACAUCUCAAAUCUAAGACCAACCACAAGAGGAACACAAGCUACAGGUGUCUCUGUUGGUACAUUUACAUGGCAACCCCAAAAUUCCUCUCCUCCAACAUUAUCUUGCUUGAAGAAUACAAAUCUCGACUUCUCUACAAUGCCAAAUGGAUCCCAAAUCGAAGAAUUGUUCCAAAGUUAUUCCCCAUGGGUCUAUUUCCACCCAGACGAAGAAUAUCUACCUUCCUCUGUUAACUGGUACUUCAACAACGGAGCAUUGCUAUACAAGAGAGGCGAAGAAUCAAAACCAACCCCUAUCGAAUUGAACGGUACGAAUCUCCCACAAGGUGGAUCAAACGAUGGAUCAUACUGGCUAGAUCUUCCUAUAGACAAAAAUGGUAAAGAGAGAGUCAAAAAAGGAGACUUGCAAAGCACACAAGUGUAUCUUCACAUCAAACCAAUGCUGGGAGCAACAUUCACAGAUAUAUCAAUCUGGAUCUUUUACCCUUUCAAUGGUCCGGCACGAGCUAAAGUCAAAUUCGUGAAUCUAACAUUGGGGAGGAUCGGAGAACACAUUGGAGACUGGGAACACGCGACGUUACGGAUCAGUAAUUUCACCGGAGAGCUAUGGCGAGUGUUUCUAUCGCAGCAUAGUGGUGGAGUCUGGACCGACGCUUGCGAUUUGGAGUUCCAAGGAGUAAGUAACAAACCUGUAGCUUACGCAUCGCUUCACGGACACGCCAUGUAUCCGAAACCUGGAUUGGUGUUGCAAGGAGACGAUGGGGUUGGGAUAAGGAACGAUACGGCGAAGGGUAAGAAAGUAAUUGAUACGGGAUUAGGGUAUGAGGUGAUUGCGGCGGAGUAUGAAGGCGGAGGAGUGGUGGAGCCGCCGUGGGUUAAUUACUUCAGGAAAUGGGGACCGAAGAUUGAUUAUAACGUCGAUGAUCAGGUUAAGAGUGUCGAGAGGAUACUGCCUGGCUUUUUGAAAAAGGCCUUUGUUAAAUUUGUCAGGAAGAUUCCUGAUGAAGUUUAUGGUGAAGAUGGGCCUACUGGGCCUAAACUUAAGGGAAACUGGGCUGGUGAUGAAAGUUAAACAUGAAUUUGUUUUUUUUCUUUUUUUUUUCUUAUCCACAUUGUUUGGUUUCAUUCUUUGUUAGUUGUUUAUAAAAAAUUUCUUAAACAUUUAUGUAAAAAAGUUUAUGUU